CCUCUGAUAAACCGGAGGAGCCAGGAGAGACACGCACACGUCAGGGAGGAAGACCGAAACAAGCGAGCCGCGUGGCUGGCAGAGCGCAGAGGACCGGCAAGCACGUUGCCGUGUGGGUAUACACGACUUGACAGCCCACAAUGAAAACGGAAGUAGGAACAGCAGUCAGGUUCAUCUCUCGUGUGGUGAAUUGUAAUAACAAGCUGGACAAGGAACAGGUGGAGGGUUUCUCCAAGAGCCUGAUCAGAAUCCUAUGCGAGCGCUACACUGGGCACUGGUACCCAGAGAACCCCACCAAAGGACAGGCUUUCAGAUGCAUCCGGAUCAACAGGCAAUAUGCUGUGGACGAAUCAAUCCUGAAAGCCUGUGAAGAGUGUGGCAUCAAUUAUGCGGACUUGGCAUUGCCCAGGGAAAUCACAGUUUGGAUUGAUCCUGGUGAUAUUGGCUGCCGGUUUGGUGAGGACAACCACCACUUCACGGUGAAGGAUGAGGAGGACAGCAACACUGGCAAAGCAACACCUGAGCCAGAGACAUCAGACUAUCACUCUGCGUCACCUACGGAGAGUUUGUUGUCCUCUGAGGAUGAGGGGACAGUCAAGCCUCUGGCAGCAUCAGCAGCAUCGUUAGCAGCAGCAGCAUCGUCGACAGCAUUGUGGGCAGCAGCAUCAAGCAGAAAUAAACCAAUGGCAAACAAUACCACCCAACAGGGUUCCCAUCUUUACCGCGCACCAUCUCCUCUUUGGAUCCCACACCUCCGAGCCUAUGUCCAGGUCGGCUGCGUCCCUCUCAACGUCUAUGUUCUCCCAGCGCCAGCACCGCUUGUUCCUGCUCCCAGGAGACCCAAUCCAAAUCUGGUGAGACGGCUUACCAGAAGAGCACCAAAACCCUGAGGGCGGUCAAGGCUGGAGUUGUUCUUUGGAAUACAACAGCCGUUGUGUUCUCUUCCAGGGAAUAGCUGGCUCCUAUGAAUUCUCUUUUGCUGAUGGUGGUGGGUUUCUUGAGGGCUAGUUUCUUAAUCUUGCCCCUUCUGUGUGUGCAAGGUCCAGGGAAGUGGUAGAGGGACUGUCACCUUGUUUCUAUGGUGCUGAACAACUGCAGCAUUCUAAUUGUAUGUUUAGUACGUCAGAACCAGAUGUCUAGGUUGCCCUGUGUUGGGCAGACGGAAAGGAGACCUGGUUCGCUUUUCCUCUUAGCACUGACAGGGAAGCAAAAUCUAGUAGUUAGAGCAGGGUUGGGUGAGGGGAGAUAGGCAAAGGAUGGUUGUCUUAUUUCAGCUCUUAGAAAAAAAUGUGAAAGAACUAGGAGUCCACUCUGGGCUCCCAUUCCUAGUCCCUUGGCCAGUGGCUUUUCUCAAGGUAUUUUCUGCUUCUGGGAAAUGGAGAUGAUAGGCGCUGUGUGUAUAUUCUGCACUUUAUUAAGAUGCUGCUGCAAAAAAGGGGAGUGACCUCUGUAUAACUUCAUGCACUUUUAUGCAAGAAUAAGCCAUUAUAUGCAAAUCUUUUCUGCUUCUUCUAAUCUACAAACAGAGCUGGAACAUGGGGUGGGCAACCUGGGGUCCUCUGGGGGACUCCCAUCACCCUGGCCAUUGGCCAUGCUGGCGGGGGCUGAUGAGAGUUGGAGGCCCAACAAUAUCUGGAUGGCUGCAGGUUGCUUACCCCUGUGACAGAGCCUAACUCCUUUGCUCAUCCCCAUUCCCGCACCCAGCUUCUGAAAUUUCUCUGGGCAUUUCCGCUACAUUUCUAGCUCUUGUUUUUACCACUUAGAAGCAGGGAUGGGGGAAACCUGUGGCCCUUGCAAUGUGGUUGGACUACAACUACCAUCAGCUCAGCCUGCAUGGCCAAAUGGUUGGGAAUGAUGGGAGUUGGAGUCCAGCAGUAUCUCCAGGUUCUCCACCUCUGACAUGAGAGCUAGAAACAAAUUUUUUUAAAAAAAGAAAACACAAGAAAACCCCUGAGAUUCGUACCAACUAUAAUCUUUUGCACAUCCCUGACAGGUGAACUCAGUGGGCUUACUUCUAAGUAGAGAUGAAUUGGAUUGCAUUUCAGCUGCCAAAUUUUCUGCAUAAUUAGCAAUUUCUGCAUUUUGAUAAUAUGCCGGGGGGGGGGAACACACACAGCUGCAAUAAUAAUACUUACCUACCUCAAGAGUACAGGAUAGUUUAUUAUAUUAUUGUUAUUGUUAAUAUUAUUGAAGAAGCCUUUUGGCACUUGACUGGAAGCACUUGUUGUUGGGCAAAGUAUUAUUACUGUUGCUGUUAAAAUGAUAGAUAAUAUAUAUAUUCUGUGUGUAUAUAUAUAUAUUUGUAUUCUGUAAAUAACAAUUGGACUCUGUAGAAUGAAAUUAUAUAACUAUCUGCAGCUCAUUUUAUGCAACAUUGAUAACAAUGUAUUUUGCCUUUUUCUAAAAACCGU